CUAGAGGGCGGGGGGACAGGGGAGGCGGCGGGCUUUAAAUGGGGGCCGUCCGGCGGCUAAACGGAGCUGCCGCGGGGGGAGCGCGGAUCUCCCUUCUCCGCGCCGGGGAUCUGCCGGGGCCGCAGCCCGCCAAGUUGGCCCCUCGAGCGGGGCUGCGGCCGCCGAGAUGCUGCUCCGGGACCUGGUGCUGCGCCGUGGCUGCUGCUGGCCCUCGCUGCUGCUGCACUGCGCGCUCCACCCGCUCUGGGGCUUCGUGCAGGUGACGCACGGUGAGCCCCAGAAGUCCUGCUCCAAGGUGACGGACAGCUGCCAACACAUCUGCCAGUGCCGGCCCCCUCCCCCGCUGCCCCCGCCGCCCCCGCCCCCGCCGCCUCCCAGACUGCUCUCUGCCCCAGCUCCCAACUCUACCUCGUGCCCGGCCGAGGAGAGCUGGUGGUCGGGGCUGGUGAUCGUCAUCGCCGUGUGCUGUGCCUCGCUGGUGUUUCUGACCGUGCUGGUCGUCAUUUGCUACAAAGCCAUCAAAAGGAACCAGGCCAUUUAGGCGCCCUCGGUGGCCACGAGGGCCGGGACUGGGGUGGAAGGGCUCUCCGUGGCUUCACGGGACCACAGCCACGGAGCCAGGCUGGGGCCCGCAGCACUACCGUUUCUGAAGCUCACAGGCACGUGUUAGGUAGGAAUUCUAACACGGCAGAGCCUGGCUGCCAGGGUAGUGGAGCAGCUCCCACGGACCCCUCGGCAGCAGCAGCGCUGAGAGCUGCCAGCACUUACUGGGUGCUUACUGUAUGCCCGACACUCGACUAAGCGCUUGACCCAUAUUAACAUGUCUAAUCCCCCCAGCAAGCUUAUGGAAUGGACACUGGUAUUGUGCCCAUUUUAUAGGCAAGGAAACUGAGGCAUAGAAACGUUAUGUGGCUUGCCCAAGGUUUCAUAGCCAGAAAGUGGCAGAGGCCACUUUAGCUGAGCUGUGACACCUGCCUCCUAGCUCGGGGCAGGGUCUCCCUGAAGGCAGUGCCUGUGCAGGGAUGCGGGUGGGUGUGCAGGGGGAGGCACCUCCCGCUCUCAGCACUAUCUGAGCUUGGUGCAGCCCAGGGAGGCUUUGGGAGGGGGUGAGCUGCUGUGCAGGGAGCAGAGUGGUUGGGGACCCAGCUGUGCUGGGGGAGGGGAGCACUCCCUGUCCUCAUCUCGGGGAGCCCUUGGGACAGGGCACAUUGCACACAGCCCAAGGCACCUUUGCUGGGAGGAGCCCUGCCUGGACCCCCGCUGGCUCUCGGGUCCAGAAGCUGGAGCAGCCUAGGAGGCACCAGGACCACUGGCUUCCACACUUCGGAGCCACCCCUUCCAGUAGGCCUCCCCAGGAGUCCCCCGGAGGGGUCUGACAGCAGCCUAGCUUUUAGGACCUUCCUUCUUUUGCAAAGCAAAUCCUGCUGUCUUCUCCCUCCCUCUUUCCCCUCAAAAGAGCAGAAAUGUUGGUCCUCCAGGAUUUGCCCCUCUAGAGGGGAGCUCGUGCCCCCUUCGGUUCCUCUCUGCCCUCUCCUGCACCUGCUGACCCCGCCCCACCUGCACCUGCUGUGGUGGGUUUUCCAGACUACACCCAAGGUUGAAUGUUGACCCCGCAGGAGUGCCGCGUGGGCUUGGGCCCUGAGUGUUUAGCUGUUGAGAGUCUCUGGUGUCCUGGUGCUGAUGUCCGUUCUGCCCCUGGAUAUUGAUGGUAAAAGCAGGAAUCCCACCCGAGUCCCUCGGUCUCGUGGUGGGGCAGCGACAGGACCUCACCGUAAGGAGAAGCCCCCGCCCCAGCCUCCCAGGCUCUGCAGAUCCGCGGUCACGCCCACCCAGCAACAUCAAGCGGCCUGAGCUCUCUGGGAAGGGGGGUGGGGACAGGCAGGGGGCUGCAGGGGACCGAGGGUGAGGAGGGCUCAGGGGCAGAGAGCUGGGCUGCAGAAUCCAUCAUUUCCCAGCCCGUCUACGGGGCAGCCACCUGGGUGGGAUUAGAGAGAAUGGGGCGGGCUUCCUGGGGCGGGCGAUGCAGGAUUUCCAGAGCUUAGCUGUGGGGGUUGGGCCGUGAGCAGUGCUGCUUUGAAGGUAGCAGGUGGGACCAGGACACAGUGGUGGGAGCCCCCCACAAACCAGCCGGGGGUCCUUGGGCAAGUCAUAGCCUCCCUAAGCCUCCGCUUCCCUGUGAAAGGAACCUCCUAACCCCAGGCCCAGCUUCCUGGGGGGACCACUGGGACCGUGCCCUGCACCUCUGUCCAGAAGAUGUCAUGGUGGUGGGCAUGGCCACCCCCGUGCGUGCCCUCAGGGUUCCGCUCCCCUCCCCACCCCCCAUCCCCCCACUCCCGUUCUGUGUGUCUACGCUUGUGCCGCCAGAGGAAAGAGUUAACAGACCCUCGGCAGGCCUGGUGGUCCCAACCGUGAAACUGCUGAUCCUUCCCCCGCCCUCCCCAACUAACGCAGACAAGGCUUUCUCCCACGCGCCGCACACGUGCCGUCAAGGAGGACUGGAAAUGCCCAUGGCCCGUGGGCAGCGGGCGCCCCCCAGGGACAGCAGUGUGGGGCGUGGCAUUGGGGGGCACAGAGUGCUCAGGCAGACCAGGGCGCCGCAGCCCCUCGCCCAGGGCCCGGGUAGGCCUUGGAUCUGACCUGGCCCGGAAGUAACUCUGUGGUUGCAGGCCCUCCCAGCCUCAUCACCCUCUGUGCACCGCAGGGAGGGCUCUUGGGGUGACGUGGCCUCUGGGGUGAGCUUCAAAUGGCCAAGGCGAAGUGUCCCAGAACUACUGGGUGUGCUCACCUUGGGGGCCCUCACCACCACCGUCAGCCUCCGUCACUGCCGCCAUCCACCCAACCAUCACCACCACCAUCACCACCCCAUCACUGCCCAACCAUCACCAUCACCGUCACCUCUACCCCAUCACCGCCCAACCAUCACCACCACCGUCACCACCCAACCAUCACCACCGCUGUCGACCAUGCCUUGUCCACUGCCGUCACUGUCAUUAACACCACCACCGGCACUGCCACCGUGCCCUGUCCCAUCACCAUGACACCACUGCCGCCACCGUGCCCACCUUCCCCACUGUCGGCAUCGCCAUGGACACCAGUCCCUCUACCACGGUGCCAGCGUGAUCGCCCUCCCUCGCCUUCAUCGCGUUUUCCGUCCGUCUUUGACCACACAAAGGCGAGGCCAGAAAACGCCCCCACUAGUGCCCCACUUCCCUUCACCACAUACACCCCCACAUAGUCCGCUCCCUGCCUGCCUGCCCACCUCAAGGGGCUCACUUAGAGCCGGAUCUUAGGAGGCUGACCGGACACUGGUGCACGCAGACCAGUCGCAGGUCACGGCUGCUGCCCGUGGUUCUGUUCCCGUGUCCCUCUGCCACAGUCCCCUGUGUCCUGGUUCUCCUGGAGAUUGCGUGGCCAUCCUGGACAAGGUCACCCCAGCCUCUGACUGACCCCCAAGGACCAGCAAGAGCUCCAAGGCCGCUCACCCUGGGCACGCCUGGUGGGCUUCCUUCUGGGGCUCUUGCUCUGGCGGGGUGUGGAAGCCAGCCCGGAGGCCACCCCCCUGGCCAGCCCCGGAACUAACGGUGUCCCUGCUCCCUCCCCCUCGCCCUGCCUGCUCCUGGGCGCCUUCCAGGAAACCACUGAGAAAAGACGAGAAUGGCACCAGCGCUGCGGAGUACCCCAUGAGCUCACAGAGCAGCAAAGGGGUGGACGUGAACAACGCCGUGGUCUGAGUCUGCGGCUGCGGCACCGCUGGCCGGAGGGGCGGCGUGGUGGCACCAGCGGACACGGGAAAGCAGGUGGACUUGAGCUGACCCUGGGCUUGUCCAGGACUUCGUGGAGGAACCGUCUUCCCAGGCUCGCCCUGGUCGCCUGUGGGCAGGGGCGGCGCCCACACCAGGCUGAGCCCAGUUCCCCUGCAUGCCCCAUGCCCCACCUUGUCCACGUCUGAUCCUACGCCUGUCCUCGCAGCUGCUGUCUGAAGCCUGGCUCUGGUGAAGGCAGGAAGCCCCUCUGCCUGCUGAAGCCGAGGCACCCCGGGCAGCCAACAGGAAGCCCGCCCGGGGCUCCCUCCCCUGCCUGGAAGCCUGUCCUCCUCCAAGAAGCCCACCUGCUUCCCAGUCGGUGUUCCCAACAAAAGCCAUUGGCACAGCCACGAGACAGACACCCCCUUCAAAGGUGCUCCCCACACAUCUGCCGUCACCCACCCCAUCCGCUGCAGGGCCCGCCUCCUCCUCUCUUCCCUACCCAUGCCCCGGCGGGCCCUUGGCUCCAGAGCCUGCAAACCGCCCCCCUCCCACCCCAGCAGACCAAGGGACUCUGUUCACCGAACCCUGGCCAAGGGUGGCCCUGGAGGGGCAGAGCCCGAGGCCCCCUGCCUGCCCUGCCCAUUUCCACCCUGACCCCGGAGGAAGCUGUACAUCCACACGAGCCAGGCCCUGGAGGCCACCACCUGUGCCAAAUCCACCGGGACCCUCGGUGCCAGCCCCACCGGCCCCGCACUUCCUCCCCACCACGCUUCCUAAGGCCUGGCUGUGGUCCUCAGCCCCUCUCCCCAGAGGGAGGUGGGGCGCUUCCCCUUGGACGAGAAAGUGUCUCUCAGGAGUGGGGGGAGGAAGGGAGGGCCUGAGCCCCUGUUCCCAGCGGGCAGGCCCGGCCCUGGGGUUUUGUGGGCCCUGCCCUGGGACUGCCCUCACCACCCCACACCCUUGAUGGGGAGGAACCGGACACGCUGAAUCAUGGUGCUUGGUGCGCUGUGGGGGCUCCGCCAGGUGGGCCCGGGGUUGGGGGGAGGGGCUCCUGGGGCAGGGGUGGGGCUGCAGGUGAGACUCCAAUCCUGGUGAAACAGAGGCUGGAAAAGCACCCCACCGGGCUGAGUCUCCAGACGCCGACACUGCUGGGUCCUAGUGCCCAGAGCUGUCCGUGUGCGCUCCCUGCGGCCAGGCCAGGCCAGCGUGCGUCCUCCUGUGAAGGGGCUUGUCUCCUCGUCGCUCUUCUGCUGUCUGAGGACUUCUCUGAGGCUUGAACCUGAGUUCCUCUCCCAGCCCACCUCAGCGUUGCCCCCCCCCCCGACAGCCCUGGGGGGGGGCGCUCUGCCCCGCCCUCCCCCCCACUCUGGGGGGUUGUGCUGUCAGAUGCAGCACCAAGGAACACACAAGCCAGGGGCUGUGGGCUGGGCGGGGCGGGGGUGCGGUGCCCCACCCCCAGGGCACCCCCACACCCAUGUCCUCAGCCCCCUGGUGCCUGUGAGCCCCCCUGCCUAUGCCCUAAGCAGAUACCUGGGCAGGACCCCGCCCCUAAUCACACUCCCACCCUGGGCUUCUCCCGCUGCCUGGGGCUGGCCAGAGUUCAGGGGUCCUCUAAGGGACCCCAGUUGGGAGGGGCAGCCCCAGGGGGACUGGGGCCCACACAUUCCCCUGCCCACCCCAGCCCCCAAUACUUCCAUCCCUGGCUGCACCUUGGGGCCCAGACUCUGCAACGGGCCUCAGCCUCCAGACCAGGUGGAAAACCCCAGCCGUGCCAUCCACCAAGCUUUGGGGCUGCACCCUGUUCCCGAGCCACGGACACUCCAACUGACACGGAAGCUCUCCCUGUGGGCUUGGAAAACCCCUACUCACCCAUAGGAAACCCACUGGAGAGCACCCCACCCCCACCCCGCCAGCCCCAGGGCAGCCACGGAAGCUCAGCUCAGGCCCAGGGCGAGAGGCCCAGCAGACUCUCAGCUUCCAGAACCCACGCACACACAAAACCACGAGGACCUAGAAUGUGAGCUUAGGACUUGGAAACGAACCCCAGCCCCUAAACACGGAUCCAUGCUCUGAUCAGCUCAAGGUCAAGAAUGAAAGGCACGUCCCUUCUCUGCGUUUUCUCCCUGCCGUCUCAGAGUUGACCUUGGCUUUGGAACUCAGUGGCGUAUGGGGUGCCCAGGGUGUUCAGGUGUUCCUGGGAAGCGUGUAAGAGAAGUUUUGGAAGACUGAUAGGUGUAAAAAUAUAGACGUAUAUUAUAUAUAGUUAUAUAUAUUUAAAGAGAUCUCUAUAUCUAUAGAAUUAUUGUGCGCUCUGCAUCUGUACUAAGUGUGGCUUACACAGCCCGGGUAGGGCGAGGCCCGGAAUGCAUGGGCGUAAGCACCCCGAGACCUUGUGCACGGGACGGGACAGGAGCCACGGGUCGAUGCCGUCUCGACGCCGUCUGGUUGGCCGGCGCAUCAUUCAUGUCGGUUUCGUGCACACGCAGGGCCGGCAGUGGGGAAUGUGCCGUUGCUCCUGCUUACACAGAAGAAAGCACCGUGACUUUUUUAUUUUCAAUAAAAAUAUCCUUAUAAGAUG